UGGGCGCCGGCGUCAUCGAGCGCCAUGUGGAGCACCGCGUCCGCGCCGGCGACACGCUGCAGGGCAUCGCGCUCAAGUACGGAGUCACGCUCCAUGAUGAGUCAGGAAUGGUGCGAGUACCUACUGGAUGGUUCUGGUUCUAUCGAUUAUGCUUCUUGAUUUAGAAGUGAAAUUACACCCCUGUGCUCACUGGCAACCGAGAAUGUGACACCUGUGGCUAAGCAGCAGCCAAGAACUAUGGUCUAGAUGGAGCAGAUUAAAAGGGCCAAUAAACUGUUUACCAAUGAUUGUAUAUUUCUGAGGAAAACUUUGAACAUCCCAGUUAUAUCAGAGAAGCCUUUGUUGUUUAAUGGACUUAACUCCAUUGAUUCUCCAGAAAAUGAAACUGUUGAUAGCAAUUUUUCUCAUGAAGAGGAGCCGGUGGUGGUUGGGAAAGACCUCCCUCCUUCCAGCCCUCAAGAAUCUGAUGUUCAGCCGGUGCAGGCUGGAGACGUGUCAGCCAGAGAUUUCUUGCAGAGACUUGACUUGCAGAUUAAGUUAUCAACACAGGCAGCCAAGAAACUAAAAGAAGAGAGCAGAGAUGAAGAAAGUCCCUAUGCAUCUUCCCUCUAUCACAGUUAGGAGAUUAGGGGGCAUAACUCUAAUCUGGAUUAAGAGAUGCUUGGACCAUAAAGAAUCCAACAACUGAAGAUUCAAAAGCAUCCCUUUUGGAUUCCUGUAGCAUACAUCUUAAAAUCAUAAUUAAGUAGUUCCACCUACUGCAAUUGCACUGAAGUUAUUAGUUCCCUCUGGCUUUCUAUAAUUUUAAGUCUUUGCUAUGGCAUGAUAGCAAAAUUAUAUCCUCAAUCUCAUCACUUUUGUAGGUGGUAGUAGUUUUUAGGCUAGCUUUUGUAAAUACUGGUUGACAGAAAGCAUCAAAGACUAUAUAUUCAAGCUGAAAACAAUGCUUAUCUCCCGAUGAAAUCCUAAUUAUGUGAAAAACAUGGUUGCUGUUGAAGUGAUGCUGAUUUAUUGUGUGUUUAUAACUUAAGUGCUAUAUAUAUAUAUUUCGAUAUGUGAUACAUAUUCUGUAUUAAUAUAAAGAACCAAAUUUUGUCUGCUAUUUUGUAAAAAUAAACUACAAAAGUCUGAAUGAGAAAAUAAACUAUGUUUUCAUAUUUGAGUCUAUUUUUUUCAACAAAUGGAAGAAUAAAAUUGAUUUUUAAAUUAGUUUUGAAAUGGUGACAGCUUCUCCCCCACUUUAAUGUUUUUUUGUUGUAAAUGCAAUUUUGAACAAGAAGUUUCAAUAAUCUAAAAGCAAGUCAAUUAGUUACUAAUAACUUUUGCAUUUUCAUUGCCCUAAGGUGAUUCAGAUAGAUUGAAAACAUGGGAUAUGAUCCAAAUAAACACUACCAUAAUCUGACACAUUGCUGAAUUCUAGUUUCUGUUUCGUUGCUCAGUCACUUAUAGAGUGUUGUGUAAUCACUAUACUCAUUUGAAUUGGGGGUUAGGUUUUUAUUCACAUAGUUUAUUUUGUCUUAGCAUUAUUAUAUGUAUAAGUUACAUCAAUAAACUUUGAGCUAUA